AUGCAGGGCCUCAAUGGCACUCCUUUCCAGCCAGCCACACUCCAGCUGACAGGCAUUCCUGGGAUGCACACAGGCCAUGCCUGGGUUGCCCUGGUUUUCUGCAUCCUUUACCUGAUCUCCAUUUUAGGCAACGUCAGUAUCCUUGCUCUGGUGAUUCAAGAGCCUGCUCUGCACCAACCCAUGUACUACUUCCUCUCCAUGCUUUCACUCAAUGAUCUGGGAGUGUCCUUUUCGACUCUUCCCACUGUACUUGCUACCUUCUGCUUCAACUACCGCCAUGUUGGAUUCGAUGCUUGCCUGGUCCAGAUGUUCUUCAUUCAUACCUUCUCUUUCAUGGAAUCAGGCAUACUGCUGGCUAUGAGCUUUGAUCGUUUUGUGGCUAUCUGUGACCCAUUACACUAUGCCACUGUGCUCACCAACAGCCGCAUAUUGACCAUGGGACUAGGUAUCCUCACCAAGAGUUUUACUACUCUCUUCCCUUUCCCUUUUCUUGUGAAAAGACUGCCUUUCUGCAAAGGUACUGUUUUACAUCACUCCUAUUGUCUGCAUCCAGAUCUCAUGAAAGUGGCAUGUGGAGACAUCCGUGUUAACAACAUCUAUGGACUCUUCGUGGUCAUUUUCACCUAUGGGGUGGACUCAAUUUUCAUCCUUCUUUCUUAUGCAUUGAUUUUGAGAGCUGUGCUGGGCAUCGCAUCCCAGGAGCAACAACUCAAGGCUCUCAACACCUGCAUGUCACACAUCUGUGCAGUCCUGGCCUUUUAUGUACCUAUAAUUGCUGUUUCCAUGAUCCAUCGAUUUUGGAAAAGUGCCCCAUCUGUUGUACAUGUCAUGAUGUCCAAUGUCUACCUGUUUGUACCCCCCAUGCUCAACCCUAUCAUCUACAGUGUGAAGACCAGGGAGAUCCGCAGGGGUAUCCUCAAGCUCUUCCAUAAAUCUUUGACCUGA